AUGUCAGGAUCCUCUUGGCCCCAAUGUCCUGAUUUGUCAACUCGACCUACUAUUCGUCGGCGCCACAGACAGAUACGGAAGUGUCCGGAAUGCUGCCAGAUCUUUUCUAAAGCAGAACACCUUGAGCGGCACGUCCGAUCCCACACAAAAGAGAAGCCCUUCAACUGCUACCUGUGUCCCAAGGCUUACAGUCGCAAGUGGGUGCCCAUUAAUCGAAUUGAGGCUGGGUUAUAA